AUGAGGGUCUUGAUACUGAUCACUUUUGUCGCAGGGGUUGGUUCGCAAUGCAUUCAUAUACGAUGUAAUUCCACAUUGACACCUACACCCUGUUGGAACUGUUCAGAAUGUAGAGAAAGGUCCACCAGUUUUUGUCUUACUUCGAAGGCACUGAAAUGUGGAUGUGCGACAGGUGUUGGAAACGAUUGUCGCCGGGUGAAUACCGUACUCCCAGAUGACAUCAGGGUCUGUAAAGUUCGCGAAACUGCAAUAGUUCCUACUCCAUCUGUUCGUCCCCAAGGUAAAACAUCUAUCUCGGUAGUUGUGCCGCGAUUUUUCAGUUUACCACCGUUUGACACAUUACACCCGUCAAAACUUACGUUGUUGGCGGAUUAUGCUACAAAGGAAGAACCUGCCUGCGAAGAACUUCCUUCCAUUACAGCUCAAAAAUGGGGUAAUAACCAUUGCACAUUACGUAUUCGCCUAUCAAUGCCUGGCAUCGAUCACAAAUCAGAUGAUCAUUACUACUAUGAUGAUCAGACACCACUCGAGUCCGAGUAUUCGAUGGAUCUAUUCGAAAACUCGGAAUGGGUACGAUUCUUCGUUCAAAUCAACGUAGAAAGACCUUUAAAACUAUCAGGCGAAACAGUAAUAUUUUCAUCUUUACUUCGAUCUGAAGCAGCACUUUACACGUUUACUGGAUCUCCUGGAAAUCAUUCUAAUUCUACAUCAAAAAUGAACAACGCCACAACUGCCCAAUAA